CCGCUGGCCGCUUCGCUGUGGUUGGUUGCUGCCGCUGCUGCUGCUGUUGGUCUAUUCAACUGCUCGACUCUUCGGCGGCCAUCCAAGUAUUCGGGUAUCCAACUGCCAUAUUCCUGCCCUGCGUCUGAGCCACUUCACGCGUCAAUGAAAGCGAAAGGAAAACCGAGUGGAGGAAAAAGCCGGGCUGGAACGGUGAGGAAAUGCCAAAUGAAACGAAAUGAAAUCAAAUGGGAGCCCCGAACAUCAACCAUUUUUCCUGCGGGUGCAGAUCCGUUAACGGUUAUUAACUACGCAUAACGCUGCGAGACGAAGAAGCUCGGAGUUAGGCGACAACAGGUGAGAUGAGCUGGGAUCCGCAGCUAAAUGGAAAUGCUUUUGGAGCCAUCAUUCGGAGCUCUUCGCGUAAUCACAAAGCCCCAAACCCGUCGUCGCCUGCGUCAUCGGUGGCUGUGCCAGUUACAUGGACUACAUUUCGAGAUGGGACCCCAAAACGACUCUCAUCGGAUCCGAUCGCCAUCUCCAUCUCCGUCCAACCAGUUAACCAGUCGUAAACCGGAACUGGCCCGCAUAACGUCGCUGCAGCUAAAGGCGAGAUGUUGGAGCCACAACAAUGCGGAGCGGACGAAGUGGAACUGGAGUGUGAAAGAUGGAUUGGAUGACAGCGGAAUCGAGAUGGAUCGAAACCGGGAUCUGGAGCUGGAGCUGAAGCUGGAGCUCAUUGGAGGUCCAAUCAUGUAACCCACCAUCGUAUCUGUGAUUAGUGUGGAUUCCAUUGAUAUCCAUUUAC